GUCGAGCUGGAGUCAGCUAACCGCUGCUAGCGAGCAUCCCCCGCCGACCGCCCCGCAGAGGACAACACACGUCCCGGGUAAAGAGUUGCCCUGAAGCCGGUGGGAGCCGACGCGUGACGGCCAACUAUACACAAGGAUGAGUGCGGAUGAACGGAACCCAGCUGCAGUGGCUCAGCCGGUAGAAGAUGUGCACGGCGACGGACGCUGGAUGUCCCAGCACACAAGGUUUGUGCUGGAGUGUAAAGAUGGUGAGCCAGAAGUGCUUUUUGUGGGAGAUUCUAUGAUUCAGCUAAUGCAGCAGUUUGAGAUGUGGAGAGAGUUGUUCUCUCCUCUUCAUGCGCUCAACUUCGGCAUUGGAGGAGACACCACCUGCAACGUGCUGUGGAGGCUACAGAACGGAGAGCUGGAGAACAUCCGUCCCAAGGUGGUGGUGCUGUGGGUAGGAACCAACAACUACCAACACACAGCAGAGCAAGUUGCAGGAGGAAUUCUUGCUAUUGCGCAACUGCUCACAUCCUGCCUCCCAAAGGCAAAGAUAGUUGUCCUGGGUCUGCUGCCCCGGGGGGAGCGGCCCAACCCACUGAGGGUAAAGAACGCUGCCGUUAACGAGUUCCUGCGGUCUUGGCUGCCACGUCUGGGCCGGGCUCAGUUUCUGGACGUGGGCAGGGAUUUUGUUCACUCUGAUGGAACCAUCGUCCCACAGGACAUGUUUGACUUCCUUCACCUGACGCCGUUAGGUUACCGCAAAGUGGCCAAGCCCCUCAGUUACCUUCUGCAUCAGAUGCUGGAUGAGACACCAGAGGAGAGGAAGGCAUCGCUGGUUUGAGGGCUGUCGUCGAGCAGCAACAUUUAUCUCCACACACUGC